AUGGUUAAAACCGAUAUUGAUUUACAAAAUGAAUUGGAAACGAGAAAAAGACUUUUGGAAACUCAAAAAUCCAUCGACGCCGAAGAAUUGAAACGGGUUCUGCAAGAAUUGCCUUUGACCAAGGACACGACGUGUGGUAUUGGAUUUAUAAAAGGAUCAGCGCUACAAAAAUUUGCUAAUCAAACGGCUUAUACGAUUAUUUAUGGCCUGGUCGGUUGUGUCUUUGCCAUGGCAAGUGCAUAUUUCAAUGCCACCAUAUCAACUUUGGAAAAACGCUUUAAAAUUCCCUCACGCAAUACCGGCAUUAUUAUGAUGGGCAAUGAUUUGAGUCAAGUUCUGUGUUCGGCAUUUUUGGGUUAUUAUGCUGGUAGAAAACAUAGACCAAGAUGGAUGGGUUUUGGCCUUACGACUCUGGUCAUCUUUUGUCUGAUGACAGUCGCACCACAUUUUAUCUAUGGCCCCGGAGAUGAUGCUCUUAGUCUGACCAAGGAAUAUGGAGCUAUAUCAGAUACCGAUAUUUCCAUGCAGGACUUGGAAGAACAAAGGCAAAAGAUUCUGUGUCGAGCCGAUGGCACUGGUGUUGAAUGUGAAAAAAGUGAAGGAAGCUUGCCACCUCAGGUAUUAUUAUUUGUAGCGCAAUUCAUUGCUGGUGUAGGAGGAUCUUUGUAUUAUACUCUGGGUGUUUCAUAUAUGGAUGAUAAUACUGAAAAAUCUAAAGCUCCUGCCAUGUUAAGCAUUUCCUAUUUCUUUGGUUUAUUGGGACCUUCGUUGGGCUAUACCUUAGCCUCCAUAUGCCUGCGCAUCUAUAUUGCUCCUCUUUUGACACCGAUAAUAAACAAUCGUGAUUCUCGUUGGCUGGGCGCCUGGUGGAUGGGUUGGAUAAUUAUGGCUUGUGUAAUUUUUUGUUGUAGCCUCCUUAUUUUCCUAUUUCCCAAGGAAUUACCCAUGACAGCAGCCCGUCGAAAAAUUCAAGAUCUGCGAGCUAAAGAGGAAAAUAUGGGCAAAUCAGUGGAGCAUUUAGAGGAAAAAACCUCAUUCUCCGAUAUGUUGCGUACAUUCAAAUUAUUCUUAAGGAACAAAAUUGUUUUGUACAACUCCUCAUCGAAUGUCUUCUAUUUCUUUGGCUAUGUACCAUAUUGGAUAUUUGCAGCGAAAUAUAUUGAAAUUCAGUAUAGACAAUCGGCGGCUACUUCUAGCAUUGUUACCGGCACAGUGGCUUUGGCCUUUUCUGCAAUAGCCAUUCUCCUAUCGGGAGCUAUCAUAUCUAAGUAUAAACCCCGUGCUCGCUAUUUGGCCGCAUGGAAUAUUUUGGUCGAUAUCGUUACCAUGUCUGGUAUGAUUGCCUAUGCUUUUAUUGGCUGUACGGGCAAUGAUACCACUCUGAUUAGCAAUUCUUAUGAUAGUGUCUUAAGUACCUCGAUGAGUUGCAAUAGCAUUUGUCACUGUGACUAUGUGCGUUAUAUGCCAGUAUGUGGGGAGGAUCAAAUCACUUAUAUAUCGCCAUGCCAUGCUGGGUGCAAAAGGGAACAUAUGGAUGCGAGUGGUUUAAAGAGAUACUACGAUUGCUCUUGCAUAGCCAGCGCUUCAAAUGAGACCCUAACAAAGAAUCCACUUUUUAACCGACUCACUGCAAUGGAUAUCAAUGACUCUGGCCUAAACGAGACCAGUCUUUCUCUGGGUAUUGGAGGUCAAGCUAUGUCCGGCGCCUGUCCCGUCAAAUGUUCACAACAAUUCAUAACAUUCUUGGCUGUGAUGUGUAUCAUUAAAUUCUUUGCUGCCACUGGAAGGGCUUCGAAUCUUUUGAUAACAAUGCGUUCAGUAUCACCGAAGGAUAAAUCCGCACUUAUGGGCUUCGGAAUGAUGUUCAUAUCGUUGGUGUGCUUUGUACCAGCGCCCAUAUUUUAUGGUUGGAUUUUCGAUAAAAACUGUUUGGUGUGGGGUAAAACAUGUAGCAAUAAAGGUAACUGUUGGCUGUACGAUGCAACGGGGUUAAGGUUAACCUUAAAUUUGGUGGCAGCCUUUUUUGUUGGCAUUAGCACAUUUUGCAAUGCCGGUGUGUGGUAUCAUGUUAAGGAUCUGAAAGUAUUUGAUGAUGAAGAUGAUAAGGUCAAAGAAUUGCAGAUCUUGGCUAGAAACAAAAGUCAAAAUGGUACGAAGAAUGAUUCACAGAAUGAUUUCAAGGCGAAUAGUCACAAAUUUUCAAUAUCAAUAGUUUCGAUAGUUCCCGCCAUUUAUGGAGCAUCGCAUAUCUUUAUAAAUAAUCUCAUAAUGUGUUAUCAAUAUGCGUACGCUGAAGUGAUAAACUAA